AUGGUUGAUUAUCAGUCGCCAGCCUUACAGGCCCCUCGUCGCAAGCCUCUGCCCACCGGGAACGCUGGUCUGCAGUUCCAAGUUUCAAACAUCCAACACACUCUCUUUCCGCGUGAACACAGCUUGCCUGCAAACCAAUAUCAGUCUCACCCGGCAUCUUCGUCGUCGUCGUCGUCGUUUCUCCCUACCCCCAUGCACCCGCUCCGUCAGAUGACCCCUGUCUACCCCCCACAACAACAACAGCACCAACAACAAUACAAUGUCCUUCUCCCAUCACGCCGCCCCUCGAACGCAACAACGUCGACGUCGUCCACCGGCGGAAACCCGCAUACCAGCCGCCAUAUGAGCGCUUCACAAAACAAUGUCAGCCGCAGCCCUUCCUCUCGAACCACCCACCCGCAGGUCGGGUACGUUGCUUUGAUGCGAAGACAGAAGGCGACCGUCUGGUGCGACCGUGCGCAGGCCGAAGACCCUCGCGAGGCCCACCAGCGACGCGUUGCAAAGCAAAGAGCGAUCCUGGAGGUUCAGGAAGGCGGUGGCUCCGGUCGAACAAAUACACUGGCUAGCAGCGGCAAGAUCAGACACAGUUCGGCGACGAAAUCACUGCCGUUCAGUACAGGGACAAUGGUGGGCACUGGCGUGCCAUUGAGACUCAGUGCAAAUGAAAUUGGCAAUGCGGACGAUGACCUCGAUAAUCCGGAUGGAUCGGCUUACCAUCGCCGUAACGGUAGCGGACGAAGUUCUGCCGCUAGCAAUCGGAUGACCGGCGGAUAUCGACCCAACCAACCUCGAUUGAGCAGUGGCAGCGGCAGCGGCAGUGGCAGCACUCCCCCGAAUGCCGAACCUCCCGAGCAACGCCUCGAUAUCCCGCACAUCGUUGAAACCCCUGCUGCAGAGACCAAACCGGGAUCGCCAAAAGACAAGGAUACCGGUGGCACCCAGGACUCUUCCACGUCGGACAACCGCCCAUCAACCGCACGAUCCACCGAAAGCCAGCGAGAAGAGGACUUCGGAAUGAUCACGGAUCUAGCGGCCCCGAGCGGAGCAGCUGCAGCAGCCCGAAGACAUAAGGCGGCUGAGGAAUUGAGACGUAGAGGAAGUGUUGACGACCGCACUACCACCAUGAGUAGUGUUAGACUCUUCGUCGCUAAUCCAGACCUCAGCGAUUGAGCCCACCGUGGAUGGAAGGGAGGCUCGUCGACAGGCUUCUUACAGGCGCAAGCGUCCCAGGCGGCCCUCUAUUUGGCCAUUGAAAUCUGGCCAUUCAACUACGUGUGUUCUUAUUUCCACCUUCUAUAUGGACAGGGCGGGAUUAUUAUCGGGUUCUCAUUGUGAGCGGUGUUAAUGGGGGUUUGAUUUUUUUUUCUCAUCUAUUCGCAUCCCUUCCAUAUAGAAUCAUUUUCAUGGUUCUUUUUCAGCUGCAGUUCUGCCUUUUCCCUAGCAUCGGCUCUGUUUACUCCGCACUCAUUCCAAGCAUCUUGUUUCCCCUAGUCGGUUUUUGGCACAAAAGCAUGGGAAGGCAUGGUUAGUGGGAUCACCGCAAUGAUGGUGCAAGUGUCACAGUUCCAGGGACACAGCCUGCAGUUAUUAUCUUUAUAAUUAAUACCAAUAUUAG